AUGUCUGCUACUCUGUUCCGCUCUUCUGCCCGCGCUGCUGUGCGCGCCGGAGCUUCCGCAGCUCCUCGGGCUUCCGGUAUUGCGGGCAUGACCUUUGCCCGCGGCAAGGCCACUCUGCCUGAUCUUGCCUACGACUAUGGCGCUCUUGAGCCUUCGAUUUCCGGCAAGAUCAUGGAGCUCCACCACAAGAACCACCACCAGACCUACGUGAACAGCUACAACACCGCGCUGGAGCAGCUGCAGGAGGCCCAGCACAAGGAAGACAUCGCGGCCCAGAUUGCGCUCAAGCCGUUGAUCAACUUCCACGGAGGUGGCCACAUCAACCAUACCCUCUUCUGGGAGAACCUGGCCCCCAAGAGCGCCGGUGGCGGCGAAGCUCCCUCCGGCGCGCUGUCCAAGGCCAUCAACGAGUCCUACGGCAGCCUGGACGAGUUCCAGAACAAGUUCAACACGGCCCUGGCCGGUAUCCAGGGCAGUGGCUGGGCCUGGCUGGUCAAGGACAAGCAGACCGGUGACAUCUCCAUCAAGACCUACGCUAACCAGGACCCUGUGGUCGGCCAGUUCACUCCCCUCCUCGGCAUCGAUGCCUGGGAACAUGCCUACUACCUCCAGUACCAGAACCGCAAGGCCGAGUACUUCAAGGCCAUCUGGGAGGUUAUCAACUGGAAGACCGUCGAGAAGCGUUUCUCGUAA